UGCUUUUACUACUCUGUUGUGACAUUUUUUUGACCUAAUAACUCGUAAAUCAGACUUCAGUUAUUUCCUGGUACGGGUGACCCAGAAUGGUAUAAAAGCCAGACACAGUGUCUUCACUCAUCACUUACUUACUUACCUGCACAGCUGCUCUCAUCUACUACUACAGAUUCUGCCUGCACAAGACAAGGAGCACAUCACAGCCACCAUGAAGGUCCUCAUACUAGCCUCUCUUCUCUGUAUGCUGUUUGCUGCCGGCCACUCUGCACCUGCAGCAGAGGUGAUGGAGGUCCUACCUGAAGGAGAGCCUGCUGUCUCAGACAACGCAGUUGAAGGUGUCAAUCAAGUGGAGCCUGUUCUGUUUCAAGUCGAGGCUGCGGAGGAUCCUGAAGUCCAGAGUGCUCUUGCUGCUGUGGAUCCAGUGGAUAUGACUGAAGAGGAGCAGGCUAUUCCAGACCCGCUGAUGUUCUGCCCCUCUGGCUGGCUGUCUCUUGGCUCUGGCUGUUACAAGCACUUCCCCAGUUCCAUGAGCUGGUCCAAUGCAGAGAAACACUGUGAGACAUUCAACAGUCACCUUGCAGGUGCAGAGACGUAUCAGGACUACAACACGGUCCGCGCCGUGGCCCAGUUCUCAGGCUAUGGCGACAUCUGGAUAGGAGGCUUCUACUUCCAGAGUUCCUGGAGGUGGAUUGACGGGUCACAUUUCGAUUACACCAACUGGUACUCACAUUCCCCUGGAUCAUCAUACCCUUGCAUUUACCAACACCGUGCGGGCUGGGUCAGCAGCAACUGUGCGAGCGCACGUACCUUCAUCUGUGUCAGGAAGGCCUGCUAAUGACACAGACAGACCACCACUGCCUGAAAAUACAUUACAGUACAUGUAGGACAGGGGUAGGAAUGGUAGGCAAAUGCAAAUAUGAUGUUUAGUGAAUGCAUGACAUGGAUGAAUGAAUAAACAUCUAUUUUAAAUGAUGACUGAUAUAUUUUAAGGAUGAAUGACUGGAGUGAAUGAGUGAAUAGGCUGUUUUUAUGUUAACAAUGUUUUUUUGUUAUUGCUGUUAGUGUAUUGUUUUAAAAGCCAUUCUAGGGACGAGCAUUGGAAACUAGCUUUUAGCUCUAAGUGCUAUGAUGCUUGCUGUUUGGCUGUUUUUCAACCUACAUGCUAUG